GCGAAGAAUGGGGUGGGCGGGGCUAGCUGGGGGCGGGGCCCAGACUACACGUGACUGGUGACGCGCCUUCGGAAGAAGUGACAGGGUGCUGCUGGGAUGGCGAACCAUCUGAAGUUUAUUGCUCGCACUGUCAUGGUCCCCAGUGGAAAUGUGGACAUGGCUUACAAGAUGCUGAACAGGAUUCUGACUGUGGAUGGCAUCGUAGAUGAAGCAAGGCGGAGGCGAUAUUACGAGAAGCCUUGUAAUAAGAGACGGAGAGAGAAUUAUGAGAACUGUCGCCGGAUCUAUAACUCUGAGAUGGCAGGCAAGGUCUCCUUCCUCAUGAGGAAGAAUCGCCAGGAUCCUUGGCCUGGGUGUUAAGAUAAGGGCACGGUGUGGACCAUUCUAUUCAGUGGCCCCGAAGGACAAUACUGUUUAUAUUAUUGUAUUAUAUAAAAAGAUGUUAUCGACGUUGAAAGCAACACUGUUAUUAAUAUUCUCAAGGGAUCCAUUGCUGGAACACUGAUACUUUUUACCUCCUUGGGAUCAAAUAAAGAAAAACAGGUGUUAAGAUCCUGAAUAAAUGAAUUUUCAUGUG